AAACUAUAUAUAUACAGACCUUUUGCACCGUUUCCAUUUCGUCCUUCUUAAUUCAGACCUUGAAAUCCUAUUUGCACAUAUAACUACACUAUGGCUUCUUCAUUGAGAUUGUGCUUCGUUCUCUUCCUCUCAUCCCUUUUCGUUCAUGCAUCUCUAGGCGAGAUAGUGUGCGAGGAGUUACCGAAGGAGGUGUGCGCGUUCUCGAUAGCGUCGUCGGGGAAGAGAUGCGUGUUGGAGACGGAGAGGGAGGAGGAAUCCGGGAGGGUGGAGUACCAAUGCCGGACGUCGGAGGUGGUGGUGGAGGGCAUGUCGGAGUACAUAGAGAGGGAUCAGUGUGUGAAGGCCUGUGGCGUUGAUCGCCGAUCUGUGGGCAUUUCAUCGGACGCCUUGCUCGAUCCACAUUUCACCGCCAAGCUCUGCGCUCCUCCUUGUAACGACCACUGCCCCAACAUUGUUGAUCUUUACUUCAACUUGGCCGCCGGUGAAGGAGUAUAUUUACCAGAUCUGUGUGAGAGACAGAGGACUAACCCUCGUCGUGCCAUGGUGGAGCUUAUGAGCUCCGGAGCUGCCCCGGGUCCUGUUUCCGACGUUUCUGCCGAUUUACAGGCAGCUCCUGCUCCUUCUCCCUUCUAAACGGCGCCGUUUUCAUUCUUCUCCAAUCUCUCACUUCCUUUCGCACACAUGGAUGGAGUAAAUUAGACGACAGACAAAUAAUAAUUCUCCCAUAAUGUAAUACACACAGAUGCUCGCACGCAUAUAGAAAUAUACAUAGAGAGAGGGAGAGAGACAGGCAAUAUGGGUUUUGGCUUGGGUUUUAAUCCAAGAAUAUUUGUUCAUUGUUGAACAAGAGUUCGGAUCUUGUUUCUUAUUUAUUUUAUUCCAGUAUCUAGAUCAUUGAGUUGGGCAUGAUGGCGAGUUUAUUACAUUCUAUUGUAUUAUUUACUACUCUUCCAAUUGUGGAACUUCCGGGAAUAAUUACUUAUCUUCUUGUUAUA